ACAGCUUCAUUUAGAAGUUUUCUGACGCGGUAUCACGACAGCUGAACAAAAUAGUUUGUAGAUAGAUUAGAUAAGAGUUACAUUUGUAUAUACUAUAGAAUUGCUUAAAUAAGGAAAGAAAAUGGUUUUAUUUUCAUAUAUCUUAUUAACGGUGAUAUUUUUCAUGAUAUAUCUUUUUCUGACAUGGAAUUUUACAUACUGGAGUAUUCGUGGUAUAAAAGGUCCGAAACCGUUACCUUUAUUUGGAUCAUUUCCAGGAUUAGUUACCAACAAACAACAUUUUGCAGACGAUAUAAACAAUAUUUAUAGAAAAUACAAAAAUUGUGAAAGUUACGUGGGUGUUUUUCUCCUUCGUUCUCCACUACUUAUGCUAUUAGAACCACAACUUGUGCAUGACGUUUUUGUUACUGCUUUUAAACAUUUUAGUUCCAAUGAUGUUGCAAAACUGAUUGACAAAAAUAAGGAUCCGUUAUUAAUAUGUAAUCCUUUUUUACUGAGCGACCAGGAAUGGCGGGAACAGCGAUCAUUAGUAUCUCCAGGUUUUACAAUCGCUCGUAUGCGAUCCUCCUACGGUACAAUGCAAUUGGUUUGUAAGUCUUGGUGUGAGUUCUUAAAACAUCAGAUGAAUAUUCAUUCAAAAGACGGUCUAAAUGGAAAAGAUAUUGCACUUCAUUUCACUGCAGAAAAUAUAGCAAGAAGUGUGCUCGGUAUUAGUGAAAUAACUCUUGUUGACCAAAUUACAAAAAAUAUGAAGAUGCUUUCCGAAAACAACAACGUUUUUAUUUUAUAUACCAUCAUGGCCGGUAUAUUGCCUAAAAUUAUAAACAUCUUUAAAGUGAAAUUUAUUCCUAGCAAAUGUGAAGAUUUUUUUAAAAAGUUAAUCCAAGAGGCUUUGAAAAUCUAUUUAGAAAGUUCAACAAAACGGCGUGACUUCAUGGAUCAUUUAAUGUCUCUAAAGAAAACCCACAACCUUAGCGAGCAAAACUUGAUUUCGCAUACAAUGACAUUCCUCAUCGAUGGAUUAGAUACAUCAGCGACGGUUAUAUCUCACUGUUUAUUUCUAUUAGGUCGUUACCAAACUGUCCAAAAAAGAUUACGUAAAGAAAUCGUAAAUAACUCCAUUAACGGUGAAAUAUGUUUUGAAACACUGAAUGAACUUCCUUAUUUGAAUGCUUGCGUAUAUGAGAGUAUUAGAAUUCUUCCGCCUGGUUUGUGGUCCAUUAAGAGAUGCACCGUACCUUAUACUUUUACUAACAAAAACGGUGGCAAAGUCUCCUUAGCAAUUGGUGACUCUGUAAUGAUUCCAAUAUACGCAAUUCAUCAUGAUGAAAAUCAUUAUUGUAAUCCAGAUCGAUUUCAGCCUGAAAGAUUUCUUACAGAAGAUGGAAAUAAUUUGAAAUUACUUCGCAAUAUUGGAGCGUUUUUAGGAUUUGGCGAUGGGCCUCGAAUGUGUUUGGGCAUUAAUUUUGCUACGAUUCAAACAAAGGUAGCCAUCGCUUCAAUUAUAAGCCAAUUUAGUGUUACUCUGAAUGUAAAAACCAAACCAUUUGUUAAACUAGAUCCGAAAUAUUUUCUAACACAACAAGAUGGUGGUGUUUGGCUUAAUUUUAGUGAAAGAAGAUAUAUUACAUAAUCUUAGGACGAAUCAAGGACUUGGCAGUCGGUUUUUCCUAAGAUGUAAACAAUAAUCGGCAAUCUGAAAUAAGCUGCUAUUCUCAUCACAUUAAAUUCAACCCAUAAUUAUGUUACAAAACAAAGAUUCGACAAAAUGAUCUGAUUAUAUUUCAUUACUAAUUGUAAAAAUAACGAAUACAGAAAAUCCCAACAA